AUGGAUGAUCUCCAGGACUUGGAAGACCUUCUGGAUGAGUUUGCAGCGGAAGCUUUAAGGCGUAAGGUGGUGUCUGAAGGUCGUGCUAGCAGUAGCAAGGUACAUAGCUUUAUCCCUGCUUGUUUCUCUGGGUUGUCUCCUAGUGCUGUGAAGUUCAAUAUCAGCAUGAGGUCCAAGAUGAGUAGUAUCACUAGCCAAAUGGAAGAACUGAGCUUGGGCUGGAAAAGAUUGCCAGAGGAGGAGCAUCAAAUGCUACAUGGAGAAGAACAGACAGUUCAUAUUUGGAAUUUCUUUAAACAACGGCUUGGAGAGGAACGUGAUGAUCAAGAUUUAUACUUCUUCACCCAAUUGAAGAAAAAGACUUCAAAAGGUUCAAGAAUCGAUGGUAGUGUUGGAACAGGGACAUGGAAGGGAGAAGAUGGCGGUAGAGAAAUAGUAAAUGACAAUUUGAGGAUUGGGACUAAGAAGAGAUUUCGGUACGAAAACAAAGACCCCGAUCAGCACGGUGGAUGGAUCAUGCACGAGUAUAGUUUGGAUUCGUCUUUUAUGGGUCCAGAUCAACAUAGCGAUUACGUGGUUUGCCGUAUAAGAAAGAGCGAACCAGCUCUGAAGAAGAACAAGAGGGGAAAGUGUCAAGAAGUGGAUUCUGAAAAGAAGAAGAAGAGGAGUAAGGUUCAAGAAGUGGAUUCUGAACCACUACCACUCGCAGUACCGCCGGCAACAAGUAGAACCGCCCCCACCACCACCAUGGUGCAACAACAAAUACAACUUGAAGAUGAGACAAGAGGUUUCUAA